UAUGGACUUGCAGAACCACUCAAUGAUUGUAUGUCUGAUGAAGAAUUUGAAAUUAAAAAAGUACAACAUAUUUUAUCGAUCACACUUUCUAAGUCAUCUAGAAAAUUGAUGGAAAUUGAAACUAGGAAUCAAGCUAAUAACCAAAAGUGGUUUGAAGAAAGACGAAAACGUUUGACAGCCUCCAAUUUUGGAAAAAUAUGUAAGAUGCGACCUCAUACAUCAUGUAAAAUAAUGGUACAUAAUAAAAUUUAUGGAAAUGUGAUUACCAACGCAACCGAAUAUGGUAAAAUAACUGAACAAAUAGCCAUAAAAUUCCUCACAGAAAUUAUUAAAAAACCAAUAGCAAAAUGUGGAUUGUUUGUCGACAGAAUGGUUCCUUACCUAGCAGCGACUCCGGAUGGGCUAAUCGGAGAGGAUGCGAUUUGUGAAAUUAAAUGUCCUUAUUCUGUUAAAAAUUACGAAAGUUUAGAAAAAGCGGUUUUUGAUAAAAAGCUACCUUAUAUGAAAGUUGUAAACAAUAUAUACACUUUAAAAGAAGAAAGCCAUUAUUUUUAUCAAAUACAAGGGCAAUUACAUAUCACUGGUCGCCAAAUAUGUAUUUUUUUUAUUUACACAUCAAAAUGGACUCAUCUUGAAGUUAUAAGGUAUGACGAUGUAUUUUGGGCUUCAAAAAUGGAAGCGCAUCUCAAAUUAUUUUACGAAGAGUGCUUACUCAGAGAAAUUAUAGACCCUCAAUAUAGUAAAAGAUUAUUAAAAAGUGACAUUAUUGAGCCUCCACAUAUAAUACAAAACAUGAAAAAUUUACAAGAUAAAAAAAAUAUAUAGUUCAUAUAUAUAACAAAUUAUAUUUUUAGGUGUAAUUAUUUUAAAUGGAGAAAUAAUACAUCCACACAAACAAUAUAUGUUUUUCUAGAAAUUAUUAUUAUUUACAUUUGUUUUUUAUAUUAAUUGUCUACCAUUAGUCAAUUAGUAAAUUUACUACAAUGUGUAUUAUAAAUAGAAUAUAUUAAAAAAUAACAGAUUAACGAGAUA